GAUUAAGCAAGAGUGUUUGACAGUAAGGAACAACGACAGGUAGGAAAUCAAAAGAGCCUGUCUCCUGUGAGCGUGCUGCUUCUUUACUGAGCUCCCUCUACCCACCACUAUAUUUACCCAUCCCCUCGGAGCUACGACCAACAUCCUCACACCGCUCACACUGCUCCGCUGGUUGGCAGCUCCUCUUGCCCCGAGCCAGGAUGAAUGACGUUCAGGAGGCCACCUCCCCUGCAACCAGCCUCAGCGGCCCGGCUACCUGUGUCUCCAAAGUGGAGCUGCGGGUGUCUUGCAAAGCUCUUCUGGACCGAGACACGCUGAAUAAGUCAGACCCCUGUGUCAUACUAAUGGUACAGACCAACGGGCAGUGGACAGAGCUUGACAGGACAGAAGUGAUCAAGAGCAACUUGCACCCUGUCUUUGGGAAGGUUUUCUCAUUGGACUACUACUUUGAAGAGGUCCAGAAGCUGCGAUUUGAAGUCUAUGACAUCCACGGCACCCACAGCAUCGGGACUCGUGAUGAUGACUUUCUUGGAGGGGUGGAGUGCACUCUGGGUCAGAUCGUGGCCCAAAAGAAGAUGGUUAAACCGUUGUUGUUGAAGUACGGAAAAUAUGCGGGCAAAUCCACCAUCACGGUGCAUGCUGAGGAAAUAUCUGGCAACAACGGAUAUUUGGAGCUCUCCUUCUGUGCCAAGAAGCUCGAUGACAAGGAUCUCUUCAGUAAAUCCGACCCGUUUUUGGAAAUUUACCGACUCAAUGACGAUGAAACAGAACAGCUUGUGCACAGAACUGAGGUGAUUAAAAAUAACCUGAAUCCUGUGUGGGAGCCUUUCAAAGUGUCUCUCAUAUCCCUGUGCAGCUGUGAUGAGGACAGAAAGCUCAAGUGCCUAGUGUGGGACUAUGACUCCAGGGGGAAGCACGACUUCAUUGGCGAGUUCUACACCACUUUUAGGGAAAUGCAGAAAAUUUCCAGUGGAAAUAAGGUGACGUGGGAUUGUGUGAAUCCAAAAUACAAACAGAAGAAGAGAAACUAUAAAAAUUCAGGAGUUGUCAUCCUCAGUGACCUUAAGCUCCACAGAGUGUACUCCUUCUUAGAUUACAUCAUGGGAGGAUGCCAGAUCCACUUUACGGUUGCUAUUGACUUCACAGCAUCCAAUGGGGACCCCAGGAACAGCUGCUCUUUACACUACAUCAACCCUUACCAGCCCAACGAGUACCUGAAGGCCCUGAUAGCAGUGGGAGAAAUCUGUCAGGACUAUGAUAGUGACAAAAGAUUUUCAGCUUUGGGAUUUGGUGCCAGAAUCCCUCCAAAUUAUGAGGUGUCUCAUGAUUUUGCCAUUAAUUUCAACCCAGAAGAUGAUGAAUGUGAAGAGAUCCAAGGAGUGGUUGAGGCAUACCAGAACUGCCUUCCUAAGAUCCAGCUGUAUGGCCCAACAAAUGUUUCUCCCAUCAUUAACAGGAUAGCUAAGUUGGCAGCGGGGGAUGGUAACAUUAAAGAUGCCUCCCGCUACCACAUCCUGCUCAUCCUCACCGAUGGUGUAGUGACAGACAUGGCAGACACGCGUGAAGCCAUUGUUCGAGCCUCCUACCAGCCUCUCUCCAUUAUAAUUGUUGGUGUGGGCAAUGCAGACUUCACAGACAUGCAGAUUUUGGAUGGUGAUGAUGGAGUCCUACGCUCGCCGAAGGGCGAGCCAGUCCUCAGGGACAUCGUGCAGUUUGUGCCCUUCAGAGACUUCAAAACGGCUUCACCUGCAGCCCUGGCUAAAUGCGUUCUCGCUGAGGUGCCAAAGCAAGUAGUGGAGUACUACAGCCACAAGGCCAUCUCCCCUAUGUGUCCUCAGAGGGACUUACCGACCCCCAUCCUCAGCCCACUCGCCACCACCCCUACAGAAUAAUCACCCACUCUGAUCCUGAGACCAUGCUUCGACCACAGCACCCAUACGGAAAUCUGAGAGGGAGAAAGGACGCAUGCCUUUUGUCCAUUUUGGACAGAAAGAACUGAGAGAAUACCUUUAUAAAUGUGUUAUUACUCAUUUAUUUCAUUUUCCACUGCUGACAAAGUGUUUACAUGCAGACAGGGCGGCAGAGACUGUGGGUGUCUUUUUUAAAUUUUCUGCUCAUUGUGAUCAUCAAGCACUUCUACUUAGCUGUGCAAAAUGAGCAUCCAGCUGUUUCAGCACCAUGGGUCCUGAAAGAUCGUGCUUUUCCCCUCAGUUUUUUGCAUGCAAGCCAAUCACUUAAUACAGAUCAGUUGAUUGGGUACAGGGUUAUCAUUCCCCAAAGCCUGUGGAUUAAAACACCUCAGUUUGUAUAUCACUGUCAAAUAAUUGUAAAGCUCCAGUGUACAGAUUGCUUAACUUGAACAUGCUAACAGUAUUCAAACCAGAUAUGAUGGAUGAUUCACACAAAGUUGAAAGACAGGAGGGUUUAGUCAGACUGGUGUUGGCCGUAUCUUGAACUACAGAAAUUAUAAUUUCAGACUCAAACAUGGAUUGCAAUUCCUAAAAAAAAAUUCUGUUAGACCGUCUUUAAAAGAAUGGCUCUGAGCUAGUCUAGCCUCGGGACAGACCACAACCUCCUUAAUGAGAAAUCUCAAACCAAAUUUUCCAUAAAACUUCAGCCACCCAAAUUUAUUCAAUGAAUAAUAUUUUAUUUUGGACCUUAAAUGGAAGGAAGUGUAUGACUGAACAUGAGACAAAACAAAAUAAAAAUGUUUACAAUAGCACAUCACAGGGGUCAGUGGUCCAGCAGUUAGUUUGUGCUCCCCGUGUACAGAGGCUGAUGUCCUGGGAGGUUCAAAUCUGACCCUUGGCCCCUUUUUCUCAGAGAGACAGUCCUGUCUUUCUAAUAAGAAGAUAAAAGUAUAAAUAUAAACCUUAAAAAAGGGCAGCAUCACAGAAGCUUGGACAUGCAUGCAUUUUAUUGUACUCCAUUUUCCCAUGAUAAAUAGAAAAUUUGAGUUGUUUUACUGAGAAAUUGACAUGUUAUUUUGGGAAAAAAUAGCUUUGUUGUCAGAAGAAUUUCUCUUCAUUUGGCACUCUUUUGCGACCUUGUGAAAACAGCUUUAUGGCCCAAUUUUGGGUCCUGACCCACCAGUUGAGUACCACUUACUUACAGUGCUUAAAGGGAAAUGUAAAUAAGCUAUCAUAACAUUGUGAUGACAUUAAAAGCUCUGUACUCCACAGUGCAACAGCCAUUCUCAACACUAAAGCCUGUGUGCAAAACUAUGAACCAUGAGACCCCACCCCUAGACAAAAAAUAUGACAGCAAGCAAUGAUAACAGCCAUUUCAGACUGGGUGUCAAUGUUAUGGCUGCUUUGCAGCUUGAUUUCCAUUUCAGCAUACAUGUCAGUAAGUAAGGGCUUUCACACUGCCUGCGUGAGCAUCGUGUGUCACAUGCCUGAUAUGCGCCACUCACUCUUAUAAUCUGGAGAAAAGAAGGCUCGCCUAUUCUUACUGUGAGCGCUCUGUGAAAAAAGACAGUGAAAUGAUAAACAUAGCCAUAUUUACUCU